AAUGUUGCUGUCACUGCAAUGGACAACGACGCUUAGUUUCUUGUUUUUGUUUGGUUGGGGAGAAGUUUGUUUUUAUUAUUAUUCAUUUAAUAGAAUAAUAUUAUUGAAUUAUCAGUAUAUCGAUAUCUUCCGAAAUGGAAAUUAGCAUAAAGUGGAAUAUAUGUAGGGUAUGCCUGAAGGAGGAAACUCAUAAAGAGAAUGAAAAAAUGAUACCAAUUUUUGAAGAGCAUGAAGGCAACAAAAAGCUGGCCAAAGAUAUAUUUGAUUCCUCUGGUAUUGCAAUGAGCCCUAAUGAUGGACUACCUGACAAGAUAUGUCGAAAAUGUGUUGCAAUUUUGAAACAGGCUGUAUAUUUUCGUAAGACAUGUCGGGAAUCAAAUACAAAUCUCCGAUCAGUCUUGGAACAAACUAAAUCUGCCACAAAUUUCUUUAAAAAAGAUCGAAGCAAAGAUAUUGUAACAGUAAGCGAAUCUGAUGAUAAUAUAUGCGAUGAAGAUGCUGAACUGGAAGACGAAGAAAUUGUAUCGGAGGCUAAAGAAGUUAUUGCAGAGGAGGAGAAGCGCUAUCUUCACAAGAAACGAAAGGAAUGCGGCAACAAGCGUAAAAUAGAACCAGAAAGAAAUUGUGAUGAAAAAAGAAUUAAAAAUGAACAGAAAUUUGUUGAAAGUGAUUUUAGCACCAAAAAUGAAAAGCAAGUCAUGAGUGUGGAGGAUGAAGUGAUUAAUGAACCACUAGAUUUUUUCACAAAUGCAAUGGAUGAGACCCCAAAGGUACCAUCAGGCACUUCCGCACUUGGUCAUACAAUAGACUUAGCCACUGGCGAUAAUGUUUCAUCAGAAAACCCCGAUCUUGAUGCAAAUUCCACGAGUUUUUCUUCAAAAAUGUUAAAGGUACAAGAAAUGAUUGACAGUGAAACAUUUGAAAAUGACUUCACCGUUGAUUCAGCACCAGAAGGGGAUUGUAGAGACAAUAGUAUUAAAAAAGCAAAUGAAUCCCUUUAUUAUAUAAUAAGCAAUGAUGGUCUUCAAGAGGAUAUUAAUUCAAAUGAACCAGCAAAUAUGAAGAAUAAUCAGCUAUCCGAAGAAAAUAUAUCAUAUGUGUCAUUUUCUGAGGAAAGGAACGAAGAAGAUAACGAUGAAGAGCUAUUGGAAGAAUUUGACGAAGAUAGCCAAGAUAACGAUGAUGAGGAUGAUAAUGUUACUUCAACUGUUAUCACCAAGGAAGAUGUUUAUUUUGAAUCUGCCUAUUCAACUAAUUCAGAGCAAAAUAUUGAUAUCGAAUAUGAAAUAGAUGAAUUCAUAAUACAUGAACCAUCAAAGAUUAGUAAAAAUUCAAAUGUAACAUUAAAUUAUGAACAUAAGGCACCCCUAAGGAUACAUCAAUCUAAGAAGACCACAAGUGGCAAAGUGAAAUCACAAUCUAGUACAUCACCCCUUACCUGUGAAAUAUGUGGAAAUAGUUUCAACAGCCGUCAAGUUUUGAAUGUUCAUAUGAAAAUUCAUCGUCAAGAAAAAACCCAUGAAUGCGAGAUAUGCUUUAAGCGAUUUAUAACAGCUUGUAAUCUUCAGGCUCAUAUGCGAGUUCAUACAGGCGAGAAACCAUUUGAGUGUAAAUUUUGUGCAAGACGAUUUUCCGAUCGAAGUACACACAUAAGACAUGAAAGAAUUCAUACUAAUGAAAAGCCUUUUACUUGCGACGAUUGUGGCAAAUCGUUUGCUCUGGCAACUACUUUACAGGCUCACCUAAAAGUCCACACUGGUGAAAGGCCAUUUAGGUGUGAACCAUGUUCGAAAUCCUUUAAACUUGCUCAUCAAUUAAAAGCUCACAAAAAUACAAGUCUACAUAAGGCGGUAGAAAAUUCGGCCAAACACUCUAAAUACAUAGAUGCGUAAAUAUUACAAAACAAACAUAACUAAGCAAUAUGUAAAUAAUCAAUAAUGUGUAAGAGUACGCAUAUAAAUUAAGUAGUUUUUAGUAUUCUUUAUGUUCUAGUUAUUAUAUUUACAAAUAGAUAAAUUUAGCAUCUUGCUAUUUUCUUAA